AUGAAAUGUGGCAGCAGCCUCUGCACGCUGAACGUUGGCGGCCGCAGGUUCUCCUACACUGCAGAGCUGAUGAGGCGUCUCCCCCUCAGCAGACUCAGUCGACUGCUUCGCUGCGUGUCGGAGAGCGAGCUUCUUGAGCUCUGCGAUGACUACGAUCGUGAUCGCAAUGAGUUCUUCUUUGACCGCCACUCUGAGGCCUUCAGUUUCAUCAUGCUGUACGUGCAGCACGGGAAACUGCGCUUUGUGCCACACAUGUGCGAGCUUUCCUUCUACAACGAGAUGCUGUACUGGGGCCUGGAGAGCUCCGAUCUGCAGCUGUGCUGCCAGCGUCUCCUGGACGACCGCAUGUCUGACGCCCUUGUGCACUUCUUCCCGGAGGAGGAGCUGCCACACGGCCCCGAGGUUACGCAGAAUCCUUGGCUGGAGAGGAUGAGGAGGACGUUUGAGGAGCCCACGUCCUCGUUGGCUGCGCAGCUACUUGCUUCGGUGUCAGUGCUGUUUGUAGUCAUCUCCAUGGUGAUGCUAUGUGCCAGCACCUUACCUGAUUGGACGGCGCUGGAACAGCAAAGCAUCAUCGAGGCGGUGUGCAUUGGUUGGUUCACGGCAGAGUGCAUUGUCCAUUUCCUAGUGUCUCGUGAUAAGUGGGACUUCAUCCAGCGGCCUCUGAACAUCAUUGACCUUCUGGCCAUCCUGCCAUACUACAUCUCUGUUGCCAUGACGAGCCUGACGGGCGAGAACUCGCAGCUGCAGCGAGCCGGAGUGACACUGCGUGUCCUUCGCAUGAUGCGGAUCUUCUGGGUUAUCAAGCUGGCGCGUCACUUCAUGGGCCUGCAGACACUUGGCCUGACGCUUCGCCGCUGCUAUCGUGAGAUGGUGAUGCUCCUGGUCUUCGUCUGUGUUGCCAUGGCGAUCUUCAGUGCACUGGCUCAGCUGCUAGAGCACGGCCUUGACCUGGAGGCUGGAAACCAUGACUACGCCAGUAUCCCCGCUGCCUGCUGGUGGGUCAUCAUAUCCAUGACCACAGUGGGAUACGGGGACAUGUACCCGAUGACGGUGGCGGGGCGCGUGCUCGGAGGCCUCUGCGUGGUGAGCGGCAUCGUCCUGCUGGCGCUGCCCAUCACCUUCAUCUAUCACAGCUUUGUCCAGUGCUACCACGAGCUGAAGAUGCGUUCAGCUCGCUGCGGCCGCAGUAUGUCGGGCGAAUUCGUCAACUGACCGUCAACCUGCUGCUGAGAAGGGGCGCUGCUAUCACCUCCAUCACGAUGAGAGGGAAACAAUCGAUCGGACCAAUCAAAAAGCAACUUGACCAGAAAGUGCAUGUCGAAGCAUCCCGAACAUCUGAGUUUCCCCCGACGCCUCCAUCGGAGUGAGAGUGUGUGAUUGGCUGAAUACAGGGUGUAGUGAAACAUAACCUAACCCUCCAUUUACUGUUUUCAAGUCCAAACAGGACUCAGGUGACUUUACUUUGAUAAUUUCUCAUCCUGAGCUCGGACUGAGCUCACAGACAAUGUCCUCAGACAGUCAGGUUCUGUCUUUGACCUUUGACCUUUGAGUUUGCUCAGAAGAGUCGGGGAAUAAUGCGCUCACACAGUGAAAUGGUGGUGAGAUCAACUCAGACCCUGCGAUGCCCCCUCAGGUUAGGCAUGAGAGGCAACCCGGCGGUCUGUGGCAUAAUUGAACCCCUCCUUUGUUUCCAUGGUGACCAUAGAGCCAGUCAGCUGAAGUGUUGGAAGCAUUUGGUUUGAAUGUCCGGAUAGAGAAGCGGACAGUUUGAAGUAUCUGAAUAUUUCUUCUUCUGUGUGAAAUGCUGCAGGGUUUGAACCAAAGUACACUUACAGAGGCGACCCCUUUAACCUUUG